GACAGUUGCCACCACUGAGGUGAUUAACCAGUUACUGCACCACGUGGGAGCCAUGUGUAUCCACCAGCUGAACAUCCUGGCUUCCAGCAGAAACGUACCAAUAAGCAGCUUUCUGGGAAAGCAGCACCCAAUAGAGGCACAGCAUUUCAGCAGCAUCUGUGACAUCAUGGAGAAGGCCAUGGUCAACAAGGACACUUGCAUCAUCCGCUGUAUUCUUGUAGUCUUUCAGGUGGUGUUCACAUUUUUCUUCAACCCUCAAACGGAGCGGAAUCGAGAGACUGUGCGCCGCUCGGGUCUUCUACUAUGGCAGUUGUUGAUGGCACCAGUCGACCAGAUCGGCGCUGAAAUCCAAAAGGAGGUCUGCCUAGCAAUAAGCUCUGGAUUAAACACAUUGUAUCCAGGGGAGGCAGAAUUUAACAACUUGCUCAGAUUGGUCUUGACUGAAGGAGAGAGAAACACUGGUUUGUCUCGGCUCCGAGAUGUUAUCCUGACUAACCUAGCCAAUCAGCUACAGAACAACCGAUUUGGAAGUGAAGAAGAUGAACACUAUAGGCUGAACGAUGAGCUGCUUCACUAUAUCCUGAAGACCGUGGUUCGAGAAUCCUGUAUCCUUAUCACCAAGUGCCAAACAGUCGCCAAGGAUGACUUUCAGAAGCUUCUCUCCACUGUGCCAGUUGCCUCACCUAGCCUGAGAUACCUCAUGGCUGUCCAGAACCACCUUCUGAGCAACACGGUUUUGAUAAAACCUGACGAGCAUGAUGACAGUGACAGCUCCCUGCAGGGGGAAACAUUGAAGGAGCUGCAGACUAGCAUCUUAUCGCUUGCUUCCAAAAUCCUGGUGGGAUGUGAUGAGGUGUUGGAAACACUCCAACAGGUCACCAUUGCUAUUAUAAACAGUGACAUGUCAGACAGGGAGAACAGGUUAAAAGGCUUGGAACAAGUGACCAAGGCCACCAUUCUGGGUCACCUCCUGCCUGUUCUGCUGACUUCACUGAUGCAUCCCAACAUGCAGACCCUCAUCAUGGCAGAUGCACUCAUGCCACAGCUUGUACAACUAGUGCUCUACACCAGCCAGACUGCCCUACUGCUGAAGACUCAGUCUCCUGUCUUCUCUGACACAGCUGACCUGCCGUGGGGGAGUGCUGAGAAGGUUUCCUCGGCUGAGAGUUUCCGAAGCCUGGAGGAAAGGGAGGAGCCUGGCUUCCUCACAGGCCUAAAGGUCCCUGCACCCUGGGCUGCUGGGAAGACAGUGGAGACAGUCCAUCCAGUCAGGGACAACUAUAAAUUCAAAGAUACAGUGCACAUCCCCGGAGCUCGCUGCCUGUACCUGAGGUUCGACCCCCGCUGUUCAUCACAGUAUGACUACGAUAAGCUUGUGAUCUACGCAGGUCCAAACACGAACAGCAGGAAGGUUAUAGAGUAUGGUGGGAACACCCUGGGUUACGGCAGUCGCAGUGUUCUGGGGACGGGAUGGCCAAAAGACUUAGUCAAGGUGGAAGGGGACACGGUCACCUUUUCAUUUGAGAUGAGAAGUGGCCGAGAGCACAACACUCCAGAUAAAGCAAUGUGGGGGUUUUCCGCUACUGUCAGAGCACAGGAAUCCUCUGAAGAUGUGUGCGGGGGUCUCCCCUUCAUGGCUGACCUUGCUCUGGGUCUCUCAGUGCUCGCCUGCUCCAUGCUGCGGAUCCUCUACAAUGGACCUGAGAUCACCCGUGAGGAGGAGGCCUGCCAGGACCUGCUCCACUCUAAACUGCUGCAGAGGUGCCAGUGGCAGGUGGAGUCGAAUGGCGCCAUUUCCCCAGCUCUCACCCCCAGCCCCUCCCCCCUACCGUUGACCAUUGAUGAGGACCGUGAGUUCACCUACCCCUCCGACGUGCUGAUCCCCCCGCCAGGGCCAAUCACAGGGAGCUACUUCGACCUGCCCCGCAUCCGCCUGCCCCCUGGCAUCAUGGGCAGGCUCCGGGAGAUCUCAGGACGCGCACGCCCACAGUUCAGACCCAGCAUCAAGGAGGUGAUUCAGCCCGAUGUGAUGGAGGAGGUGAUAGUCUCUUGUGUCAUUAAACACCUGACCCUGAUCGAUGCCCUGCAGUCGCUCGUCAACUUCCAGUACCGUGAGGAGCACAGCGAGGAGUAUGAUCUGCUCUGCAAAAUCAUGGCUGAGACCUUCAAAAAGAUCAACGCCAUGGAACGACAGCUGCAGUGUGUGGCUGAAUUAGAGCAGAAGUGGCAGAAUGAGGUGGAAGAGGCCCAGCAGGGCAAGCUGGAGAACAAUUCACCCUUCUUCCACGACUAUCAUUUUUAUGAGAACAAGAUGAAGGAGCUGGAGCUGCUCUGCUCGCUGAAAGAGGUUGUGUUCGACUGCAGUGAUUUGGAAAAUGUUGUUCUAACGCUGAGAGAGAAGUUCACUCAGGAAGUGAACUCACUGAUACAGAAGGCUGCAAUUCCUCUGGCGAAAACGAAAGCUUUAGUGAAGAGCCUGAUGAAUCGGGCUGAGCUGCUGCUGCAUGUGACAAUUGCUGCACAGUCCAGGAGUUUAUCAGGGACCCCUGCAGACACGCCAGCCUGCAAGUCAGUCUCUGAGACCAAGGCCAUGCCUCACGCUGUCAAGCAACCCAUCUUCCUGCGCAGCAUGUCUGCGCCCUCUGACCUGGAAAUGAUUGCCAGUGAGGAUCUGGAGUUUAACAGAGGCAACCAAAGGAGGCGCCAUCACGCCACCAGUCACCGCAGCAGUUCCUUCACUCUGCUGCAGUCUCUGGCUAUCGAGGACAGCAGGGACAAGCCCACCUACAGUGUGCUGCUGGGGCAGCUCUUUGCUUUCAUUGGGACCAACCCCGACCAGGCGGUGUCUGGCAGCAGUUUCCUGUGUGCAGCACAGACGCGGUGGCGGCGAGGGAACACAAGGAAGCAGGCGCUGGUUCACAUGCGGGAGCUGCUGACCGCUGCAGUGCGUGUGGGAGGGGUCACUCACCUGGUGGGGCCGGUCACCAUGGUGCUGCAGGGUGGGCCCAGGAUAGAGGAGUUGACCUGCGGUGGCAUGGUAGAGCAAGUCCAAGAGGCCUUCGGAGAGACCAUGACGUCUGUAGUCUCACUGUGUGCCCGCUACCCAAUCGCUUGUGCCAACAGCAUCGGCCUGCUCUGCACGAUACCUUACACAAGGAGUGAGGAGAAGUGCCUGGUGCGCAGUGGUCUAGUACAGCUCAUGGACCGCCUGUGUAGCCUGAGUGGCCAACGAGACUGCAGCUCCAACGAGAAACAGACAAAGAAGCAGAAAGUGGCCACCAUGGCCUGGGCUGCCUUCCAGGUCUUGGCAAACCGCUGUGUGGAGUGGGAGAAAGUGGAAGGUCUCACAAGAAAGAAGGCAAGCAGUAGAACAUUAGGUCGAGGAGGGUUAACGGGUGCAGUGCAUUCUGGCCUGGCUCGUCAGGUGUCCAGCCUACUGACCAACCACCUGGCUCGUGCUACAGAGUGCUGUGGGAACCAAGCGGCUGGGAAUGAUGCCUUGCAGGACGUUCUGAGCCUCUUGAAUGACUUGUCAAGGAGUCACAUUGGGAAGGCUAUUCUAAGCCAGCCGGCCUGUGUUUCCAAGCUGCUGUCCCUGCUCCUGGACCAGCGGCCCUCCCCCAAGCUGGUGCUGAUCAUCCUGCAGCUGUGCCGGGCUGCGCUACCCCUGAUGAGCGUGGAGGACUGUGGGAACGUGGAGCUGCCACCUUGGAGCUACUCCAUUCAGACCCUGGACACUGACCAGGACGACCCCAGUGACCCAGCCUCCAAAAUCGCAUCCUUGCUGCUGGCCAAACUGGCAGACUAUGUUGUACCAGGUUGCCAGACUGUGCUGUCGCCCAGCUGUUCAGAGCCAGAAACCAGCCUCUCUCGAAUGAGCCCCAAGAACUCCCUGAAGAUGGACAAAGACGCAGAGGAGGAGGGCGAGGCCGUGGACGGCAAACUCUCCAUUUUCAUCCACAAACGAGAAGACCAGUCGUCCCACGAGGUGCUGCAGCCACUGCUGAGUAGCUCAGAGGGACGUCCAUUCCGACUAGGUACUGGGGCAAACAUGGAGAAGGUGGUGAAGAUGGAUCGAGACAUGACCAAGAGUGGGUGCUGUGAAGUGAUCACAGAAGAAGCAGUGGCUGCCCUCCGCAAGGCCACCAAGUGGGCGCAGUCUGGGUUGAUUGUGAGUGUGGGGCCUCCUGUCGAGAUCGUCAGCCAGGAAGCAGCCAGUGGACUAUCAACCGGGGAGAAGAAGAAAACCGCGCAGACCGCUGUCUGCAGGGAGAGGAACACUGAACUCUCCAGGUCUGAUCCAGUCCGGCCUUUUAUCAGUGGCCACGUGGCUAACAGCAUGGCAGCAGAAGUGAUUGCCUUGCUUCAUGGCCUCUUGACGGCACCUGAAACCAACACAGCUCAGAUUUGGACAAGCACUGCAGAAAAAGUGCUGUCCCGAGCCCUGAUGUUCAUCCCCCAGCUGGGGAAGUAUGCAGAGAGUAUCCUGGAGAACGGCAGCAGCAGUGGUAGGAAGCUGGCCAAGCUGCAGGCCAUUGCUCGCCAGGCUGUGGCAGCUCUCUGUGCGCUCGGCGGCUUCAAGGAGACCAUCAAGAUUGGCUCUGAGGUCCAGGUUGUGGGGAAAGGAAUCCUGGGCAGUGCUGGUGUGGUGAUGUCUAUAAAUGAACAAGAAGGCAUAGCCAUUGUUAAGUUUCCAUCUUCGGAUUACAGGAAGACCUGCAAAGCUUCCGAUCUUCUGACUGUUCCCAUAUCCCGUCUCAUUACUCCCAGAUCAGAGGCUCUGCCACUGUACAAGCUGUCGAUCACAGAGAAGGUGGUGCAGGCAGUUCAGUCCAUGCUGCUGCCUCAUGAGGGGAGCCUCUCCAUCCACACCUCUCUGCCUGCCACCGGCGACGGCUCCAGCCCUGUCAUGGCUGUGGUGCGGCUCCUGGCUGAGAUCAGGACCAGAGCCUGUUUGGUGAUGGCCCAGCUCCUGGAGGACAGCUCAUUCUGUGAAGAGUUCAUUCAGCAGUGCCCUGCUGCUGUAGAGGUGCUCAACCUAGUGGCACAAGAGUGUAGCCCUGGGGAGCGGCUAGUGGUGGUGGAAGCUCAGUGCGAGAGACUCCGGAUGCUGUACCGGGACUGUGCCCGUCCUCCUCCCCCACCCCUACAGACUGACAGGAGACAGCCCAAGGAGAUCACCUGGUGUCCGUCUCGAGUGUUCCCUCAAGUGCGUGCCUGCAUGUUUUCCUCACGGUUAACAUCCGUCACCUUCCUGGCCGACCCCAGCGCUGGAGGAGGCCUGCCUCGAGGGACGUUCAUCUACGCUACCUCCCCCAUACCUGUGCAGGCCCCUUCUUUCUACUGGGAGGUCGAGGUUGUUUCCUAUGGAGACUCGGAUGAUGACAGCGGACCAAUCGUUUCCUUUGGAUUUGCUACAGAAGCUGAGAAGAGAGAUGGUGCUUGGACCAAUCCAGUGGGGACUUGCCUAUUUCACAAUAAUGGGAGAGCUGUGCACUACAAUGGCUCCAGUUUGUUGCAGUGGAAGAGUGUACGUCUGGACGUGGCUCUGGUUCCUGGAGAUGUCGCUGGUAUCGGGUGGGAACGGACUGAAGGCACGCCUCCCCCUCCUGGCCAGGCUGCUAAGGGCAGAGUUUACUUCACCUACUGCGGGCAGCGACUCCCCCCCUUCCUGGAGGACGUGUCCGGGGGGAUGUGGCCCCUGGUCCACAUUCAGAAGAAGAAUACUAAAAUCCGAGCGAACUUUGGGUGCCGGCCAUUUGCCUACGCUGAGGGGCAGGCCCACAGGAACGCUGCUGACCUGUGUAUCGACCUGGCUGAGGAGAUCAGUGCCAACUUCGAAGCUCUGCCCUUCGCCAUGGCCUCUGACAGCGACGAUGCUGGUGCCAGCGUGGCCUCUGAUCCAGGAUCCCAUGGUCCGCCCUGCAAGAUAGCAGCCGUGGCCACAGCAAUACAGCAGUAUGACAGCGAUUCAUCCUGCUAUUACAAGGUUGAGCUGAGCUAUGAGAACUUAAUCACAUCAGGGCCUGAAUCUCAUCUCUCGCCCAUCGUCGAUGACGAAAGUGAUGAGGAUGAAGAUGACGACAUCCCGAGGGAGGACCACUAUGCUCUGCUGGUGAAGGCGUGGGAGACUAAGGUCUUCCCUACAAUCCGCAGGAGAUUCCGGAACGAAGCGGAGAGGAAGUCUGGACUGGACCAGAUCAAAGGAGCGCUGCAGCUGGGCAUGGUUGAUAUUGCCCGGCAGACCGUGGAAUUCCUGUAUGAAGAAAACGGCGGUAUUCCCAGAGACCUCUACCUUCCGACCAUUGAGGAUAUUAAAGAAGAGGCAAAUAAAUUCACAAUCGAUAAAGUUCGUAAAGGGCUGACUGUAGUAAUCAGGUCUCCAGAAAGUAACAACACAAACAGCAAUACAGGCGGGACUGCAUUGCCUAAGUUUGCCAUCAGAGGGAUGCUAAAGACCUUCGCCCUGCAUGGGGUAGUUCUGGAUGUAGACUCGAUGAAUGAGCUGGUCCAGGUGGAGACAUACCUGCGCAGUGAGGGGGUCCUGGUCCGGUACUGGUAUCCUAUCGACAUGCUGGAGAGACCGCCGGCUGGGUCCAGACGCACUGCAACUAAUGGACUCGUCACCAUGGACAGCACCAACAUCCAGAUCCACAGGGAGCUGCUGCGUGGUGAAGCCGCCCUGGCUAGGCUCUACUGCCGCAUGGCUCUGCUCAAUAUCUUCGCUCCGAAAUCCCCGCACACUUUCACUCGGCUCUUCCACAUCCCUGCCAUCCGUGACAUCACACUGGAGCACCUGCAGCUCCUGUCCAAUCAGCUGCUGGCUCCGCCUCUUCCAGAUGGUAGUAUCAGCUCCAACUCCAUCCUCCUAGCCCAGUCUCUCCAGCACUGCAUUCAGGGCCAGAGCUGCUCCCUGACUGACCUCUUCUAUCAGGGCAAUGCACAGCCAAUCAGAGAGUGGCUUACCGUGGCCAUAACUCGAGCCCUGCACCAAGGAGAAGAGAGCUUGUUGGACCUAACCAAACAGAUCUGCUCUUUCCUACAGAACGCUCCUGAGCAGUUUCCUUCUGAAGAGUUUCCCAUCACGGAGUCCAAGGUCAACAUGGAUGUCAACUUCCCCGGAGCUGCGUUUGUGGUGAUCUCAUGCAAGGAGAGCCAGACGGGAUUCCGCAAAGACUCUUCUCUGUACAAGGCACCUUGGGCUCGGGUGAUGGUUUACGGCCUGGGGCAUAAAGUGCGGAGGAACGGGCAGCUGAACCUCGUGGAAACCGUCUGCUACCCGUUAGAUGCCUCGCCCACAAAUACGGGCCUCACCCCACCACCCACAACCAAUCAGUAUCCAAGCAUCAUCAUUCCCACUGACAAGGUGCACGUCAAACUAGGGGUGUCUCCCCCUCCUGGUGCUGUGCUGCUGCUGCACUCCCUGCCUCUGGAGUUCCCCCUGGCCAUGGCUUUUGCGGAGCAGCUGCUGUCCUGGAAACUGGGCGACGGGGACGAGUGCUCGGAGGACGAGCUCGACACCAUCCCUGCCUCUGUGCUGCUGCAGGUCGUCGAGCUCCUCGGUGGGCUCUUGUGGACGACAGACCUGGCCGCCUGCAUCAAAGAGCUGGUCUUCCACUUGCUGUCUGAGCUCUUCCGCAAGAUCUACCACUUGGAGCAGCGCAAGAACCCCUCAGGUCUGUCCAGCUCCAUCGCUCUGCUGCUCAACCCCUGCCUGGCCGUGGUGAUGGCACUGCAGACCGAGCUCCGCAAGCUCUACGAUGAGGAGAUCCAGGGCUGGGCGACUGCUAGGGGGGACACAGCCACUGCAGGGGGGCUGGCUCUGGGAUCCGAACAGGGCCGCUUCUCAACCUACUUCCAUGCCCUGAUGGAGGUCUGCCUGGCCGUGGCAGAGGUGACACUGCCUCUCAACAUGAGCAGUGCUGCAGUGAGCGCCAUCUCCUCCAGCAGCGCCCCUACCCUGAGCGACUCUUCCUCCUCUUCCUCCUCCUCCCCAGGCCAGACCCCCCAGAGCCCCAGCCUGCUCUCCAAGCGCAAGAAGGUCAAGAUGAAACGGGAGAAGGCUGCAGCUGCUGUUGCUUCAGGAAAGGGGCCCCCUUCCUCCUGUGCUUCCAGACUCUCCGAGAGCGAUGCUGCCCUGCUCAAUAUGGGGGGAGGCAAGCCGGAAGACAUGCUGUGGUUCCACCGGGCCCUGACCCUGCUUAUGAUCCUCCGACACCUGGCUAACAAGGACCCACAAGUGACGAAGGGCCUAUAUGACGGCUUUGUUAUAUGCGCUCAUAAUAAAGAGCAGCUCUUUGGUAAAAAGCAGGCGAUAGGAUGCCAGAGGAGCCAAAGGCAGGCUGGGAAAUAUAGGUUUUAG